UCAAAACAUUAUAGCCUACAUACGCAAUGGGUGAGUCUGCACCCUCCAAAGGACGUUUUCUAAUUUAACGCUUGGCGCACCUUGUCCGGACGCUCCCCGCUCAGCGUCUGUUGCUGUCACGAUGCUUCAGCUGAACGACACGAUGGAGCCGGAGAGUACGGGCGCUGCGAUUCUCCACCCUGCAGAAACAGAGGAGGGAGUCGAGGUUGCCUUCACGCCGCCGGAGGCCGGAAGAAGCCUCGGACACGGAGCCUCCGUUGCCUGCUGCCCCCCGUUACAAACCCUGACGCCUUUCCAUGUGCAUAACCCCACAAUCAAAGCCAAAGUGAAGGACUAUUUCGUGUUCAGGCCAGGUACCAUUGAGCAGGCCGUGAGCGACAUCAGGACUGUGGCUCUGCCUUCCGAGGAUGGAGAAGUGCUCAGCGUGUGGCUGCUAGCUGAAGUUGACCACUGGAACAAUGAGAGGGAGAGACUGGUGCUUAUAACUGAAAGGUCGCUGCUGGUGUGCAAGUACGACUUCAUCAACCUGUUGUGUCAGCAGGUAGUCCGGAUCUCGCUCAACGCUGUAGACACCAUCUCAGUGGGCGAGUUUGAGUUCCCGCCCAAAUCCCUGAACAAGAGAGAAGGCUACGGGAUUCGGGUCCAGUGGGACAAACGUCCCCGGGCCUCGUUCUUAAACCGCUGGAACCCCUGGUCCACCGACAUGCCCUACGCCACCUUCACAGAGCACCCCAUGGCCCACGCUGAUGAGAAAGUGGCCUCUCUCUGUCAGUUGGACAACUUCCGGACACAGCUGGUGCAGGCAGUGAAGAAAGCCUAUAAGGAGCACCCCAUUCCCGGUCGGGCCAACGGUGUCCUGAUCCUGGAGAGACCCCUGCUCAUCGAGACCUAUCUGGGCAUCAUGUCCUUUAUCAACAAUGAGGCCAAGUUGGGCUACUCCAUGACCCGUGGCAAGAUCGGCUUCUAAAAUCCACAGUCCCUCCAAACUACAACAGAGUUCAACCCAUGUAUCUGUGUUACACUGUGCUGUCUGAGGGGAGGUGUCGCUCCACUACAGUGUAAUGCGCAAACAAUCUGUGUGUGUAAGUUGAGCCCAUGAGAUGUCCACACCUCCUUAAGUUGGUGUUACAGACAAGUGGUCAGCCUACUGUAGGUAAAUGAUGCGCAGCGCUGCAUAGACUGUCAACUCAUUUGUUUUUGCGCCCCCCCCCCAGUCCCUUUCCUUCAACAAGCUGCUUGCAGAUCUGCCAUACCCACAUGGGCCCUCAGGAGUGUAUGCCCAUGUGACGCAAGUUGGAGAGAAAGGACACAGCACAGCAUUAAUUUAUUAUUCUAGAUAAUUGAACUGCAAUGCCUUCCAAUUCUAGAUUAAGCUUCUUGCAGUCUCAUGCUCCUUAUUUAACAACUGAUUGACUGACUAUUGUGUCCUAACUAAUGUGAUUGUUUAGAUUUUGGUAGAGGAAGGCAAACAUCAGGGUUGGGUUUUUUAGGGUUAAAGUUGUACUUUGUUAUGCAGCAAAAAAAGGCCACCCAGACAAGAGCAGUGAAAUAUGUAAUGAAACCGUUAAUAUCAGCCAAGAGCAUGUUUCAUAUUUGCUACAUUUAUAUUGUGUGAAAUGAAGGAUUGCAUUAUUUAGAUCAUAGGGUAACUUGAUGGAACCGAAUAGAUGAUGGAUUGAGUUUAAUGAUCAAGUCACAUGAUUAUUGUGAUAAAUGUUACUAAUAGGAGAACUCUUCCAGGAUCUGCACUGGUAUGCUCUGUGAUCAGCUGUGUUACUUGUGGAAAAUGACAACUGUAAUGCACUUUUCAGAAUCUAUGAAACUUGUUCAGUGGAAAUGACAAAUUACAUGUUGUGACCUUUGCCUCUUUUUCACUUACAUUUGCCUAAACUUUGUCAUUGCCCAGAGUAGGGAGCUGAUGUGCCACUUGGAGAGCUGCAUUAGCUAUGAUAGCUAAAAUGUUCUUGUAUCUUACAGAUGUCUUAUGAAACAUGAACUUGUAAACCAUGUUUUUAUUUUUGUAAGUUGCCUUAAAAAGGUCCUGCAACUUUUAUUUUAGGCACACAUUUCCCCUUAGCUGCAUGAAACUCUGCAGUGGUAAUAUUUUUUGGGGUUACAAAAUUAAAUACAUGAUGAUAAAGCUUUGCAUCAGUUCGUUAACCACAUACUGUAUCUUGUGAACAGGAUUUAGCAGAUUUUUUUUUAAAUUAUUGUGCCACCAAAGGCAUUGAUGCUGAAAAAUGCCUUUUUCUGGUUGUAACUUGUUAUGCAUGUUCCCUGCACGCUGAGUUUGCACGAUAGAUGUUUUUUAAAGGUUUAUCCUUAAAUAGAUUUGUAAAUACUAAUUAGGUUUUAUUUUUCUGUUAUGUUGUUAUUUUGAUGCAUUUAACUCAUGAAUGCUUCUAGAAAAUGAAUAUUUCAUUGCCAUUUAAAGCAUUUUAAUAGUGAUUAACUCGUUAUUACAAACGAUGUUAAGGCUUACUUUUUGUUCUGUAUAUUUGUAGCGCAGUCGCCACAAUGGAGAAUAAUAAAUGCCUACAUGUUCUA